AUAAGUCCGCCCGCCCGCCCGCCGCCACCAUGAGCUGUGCUGCGCUGCUGGGGUUUCGGGGGCCGCGGCUCCUGGGGGCUGCGGCUCGCCCGCCCCGCUGGAGCAGGCAGCGCAGCAGUGGCUCCGAGCCCCCGGCGGGCGCCGCGGUGCGCAUCGGCUGUGCUUCGGGCUUCUGGGGGGACACGGCGGCUUCAGUGCCGCAGCUGCUGUACGGAGGGAAGCUGGAUUUCCUCGUCUUCGAUUACCUCUCCGAGAUCACCAUGUCGCUGCUGACAGCCGCCAAAGCCCGGUCUCCCCUUUUAGGUUACACUCCGGAUUUUGUCUCUACUGCCAUGGCUCCCUAUAUAAAAGAUAUUCACAGGAAAGGUGUUCGUGUUGUCAGUAAUGCUGGAGGAAUUAAUCCACAUGCUUGUGCAGCUGCCCUUCAGGAGGUAGCAAAGAAAGCAGAUGUUGAUUUGAAAAUAGCUGUUGUUGCUGGAGAUGACCUAAUGAGUGAGAAAGAGAACCUAAAAGGAGCUGGUAUCACUGAUUUAGAGAGUGGCAAACCAUUUCCAGAGAUCAUUCAUAGCAUGAACGUGUAUCUUGGUGCAAGACCAAUAAGUAGAGCUCUUGACCUUGGAGCCGAUAUUGUUGUGACGGGAAGAUGCGUUGACAGUGGGAUUGUAUUAGGACCACUCAUUCAUUCUUUUGGCUGGAAUAGGGAUGAAUUUGACUUGCUAGCUGCAGGAAGCCUUGCAGGUCAUCUCAUUGAAUGUGGUGCUCAAUGUACAGGUGGAAUAUUCACAGAUUGGCAUGCAGUACCAGACUGGCACAACAUAGGAUUUCCCAUAGUAGAAUGUUCCUCUGAAGGAGACUUUAUUCUUUCCAAACCACCAGACACAGGAGGACUAAUCUCUUUUGGCACCGUAGCUGAACAGUUGGUAUAUGAAUUGGGCAAUCCUCAGCGCUAUCUUUUACCAGAUGUCACAUGUGACUUCUCCGAAGUUUCCAUCACUGAAAUUCCAGGUUUUGAUGGUGGGGCAGUAAAAGUUCAUGGAGCAAAAGGAUUGCCUCCUUCAACCUUUUAUAAGGUAAAUGCCACUUACCUUGAUGGCUUCAGAGCUACUGCUGUCUGUCCAGUGGGAGGUCCAAGGGCAGUACAAAAAGGAAAACGCACUGCAGAAAGUAUUCUGCAAAGGACUCGUCUUAUUUUCAGUCAGCUUGGGUAUGAAGAUUACAGUGCAGUUAACAUACAGGUUUUAGGGUCUGAAGAUACAUAUGGACCUCAUGCUAGAAGGAGUAUAGAUGGUCAGGGUCCUCGGGAAGCUGUUAUUUGGCUUGCUGUACACCAUAAGCAAAAAGAAGCUGUAGAAGUCUUCUCCAGAGAGAUUGCACCAGCUGGAACUGGCAUGGAUCUCACUGGCAAUCAACGUGAAGAAUGUUACUCAGCUGGCAAAAAUUUAUCACAGUGUCCAGCUAUAACACUGCAGUUUAUGAAGAGCUGUGCUGUAUAUGAGGGUUUUGAAGGGUCUCUUCAGCAAUUAGUUAUCCAUGUUACUGCAAAGGAUUUUUAUAGAUACUACUGUACUUCUAACAUGUGUAGCUGCUUAUGUAGGUAAUUACAAAUUUCAGAUAUAAUUCAAAAAUCAUAAUACAAUACUGCAGUGAGAAUGCUAACGACCUGCAUCUAAUUCUUUAUUCACAGUGUAUAUUGACUACUGAACUGAAAUCCUGAUCCUGCACUAUUAAGUCUAACCUCAGAUUAAUCUGUAUUUAACAUUUGAUUUUGUAUGAAUUUGUGGUAUAGUGCAACUAUUGCAAGAUUUGUUUUUAACUGACCUGAAGUAAAGCAAAAAUACCGGGAUUUAAUUAUGCUGUCUUAGUUUUGAGUGUGUAUUUUAAGUAUUUGUGUAAGGGUCACCUAGUGUGAAAUCACCUAUGCUUCUAUUGUUUACCAAAUAUUUUUUCAAAAAAAAACCCCUUCAUGUUUGGUCUUUGUGUCAUUGGAUUCUCUUCAGUUUCUAGGAGGACUUACUGUUUGAUUCUUUUGAGCAAACUCUUUUUUUCCUUCUGUUCUCUGUCACUUAAGUGGCACCACUGUAUCCAUCUCAAUUGUGAGUAGUGCAUUCAUAUGUUGUGAGUUGCUGUUUACAUUAUGGAUACUUAUCCCACUUUUAUUAUCCAUUUAAAAUCUGGACAGCCUAUUUUGAGGACUAGGACUUAGAUAUUUUGUAAUGGCUUCUAUGUAUCUCAUGAAAUAAUAUAUCAAGGAUUUAUAUAGCUCUUCAAAAUUAAAUUACAUGAGCUUAACCAGAAUGUAGCAAAUGUAGAAUCUUGAUUAAUGGGAGGGGUGGGGAGAUGGUGCCUUGUGGUUAAGGAACUAAUAAAUAUUUUAUUUUCAGUGGAUUCAAAAUUGUAUGAAAAUAUGCACAUCCUGUGGUGUUGUCUUUACAGUGGUAGCAGACAUACAGUUAAUGUAGGGUGGAGUUUUUUAAAGUCUUGUGUUUAUAUAUGCAUGGUCAUCCUUUUUUGUCCUUUUUUCCUACAAGAAAGAAUAUGAUAAUGUAGAACUAAUCAGGAAUAUUCACCGAGAUAAUUUUUAAAGAUUUUGCAAUUCUGAAGGCUGGUUCGUAGGUCAGCAUUUAGCAUAGAUGUAAGUUGCUUCUAAAGACUGUUUUUGCUAACGAAUGAAAGAUGGUAUUUUCACAGUUGGACCAAACUGCCAUUUCUGUAAUUAGAUGAGCAUUCAUAAUUUAAGUAGUUUCUCCUUUUGUCAUUAUUCAAGUAGACCAUGUAACAUAACUGAAAGUAAAGAUCUAUACUAAUUAUUUUAUAUAUGCAUAGACAAUGCCCUAGAAAAUAUUUUUUUGAAGGAAAGCUGGGUGGAUUUUAAAACAAUUACUUAUUUGUAAGAUCUGAAGCUAAUGGACGUAUACUUGUCUCUCCAGAUUCUUAAUCUGUACCUCUUCUUUCAUAAAGCAACUGCUGUGUAUAUAAACCUUGACUGAAGUCUAAAAGUGCUAGGUUUAUUAAGGUUUUGGUUUUUUCCGUUCACCCCUGUUCUUCACAGAAUGAAAAAAGUCAAAAAAUCUGCACUACCUGGGUUGGGUGGAAUAUGUCCAAUAUUGAAAUUGAGUUACCAGAAUAUGUGAACAUGUGUGUCUUAAGGUGGCUGGCAAGCUUUCAGGUCAUGUUUUCAGGGCUCCUUGUGAUGAAACAGAUGUGUUCCUGUGUAGAAUCAGGUUAGGCAGUCUGUGUGGAUGAUGGUGGGGUGCUAGUUCUGUUUCAUAAAAUAACAGCUUAAACUUUUUAGAACAUCCUUCAGCAUUUAUUCUCAAAAAAAAAAAUCUAUUUCAAUUCGUAGAACUGUUGCUAAUGAGCAGCAGUGGGAAAGACCAUAUUUCUGGAAUCAUCUGGAGCAUCUGGUGAUAAAUAGCACUUUUGCUUGCCAGGUACAGGACUGCAACAAGGUUUUUGGCCUCUGAUGUAAAUGACCAAUGUCAAAGGGUAUCAGAGCUGUUUACUGUCAUGCUUCCGAGUGCUUGAACAACCACAUAAAUAGCCAUUUUUUUUUAAUUUGUUGAAGAUAUAUUGAGACUGCUUCAUACAAUCACUUCUUUCAGUUGCUGUUGUGUAGUAGAUUUCCAUAUUGCCUGCACAGAUAACAUGCAGAGAAGGGUCAGACUUGGGAUCUAAAUGUAGUAUGCUACUUGUUGAUGUGGAAUACUUAAGGCAGUGGUUAUGAAGAGUCUUUUUUUUUUUCUUCAGUGAGACUUGGCAAAAAAAAUUAAAAAUUGUGCAGUACUGCCAAACAAUAAUUAGUGGUGUACUAAUAACUGAAUCAGCUUAAUGAUGCUUGGUUUCUGACAGUGGUGUAGGUUGCCAGAACUUGCUGUGAGGAGCAGAACAAGGAAUGUCCGCUGCUUAAUUGUCUUAAAACAGGCAGUUCCAUAGACAAGACUUAAAUUAAAACUGUUGUCGGAUAGAUGUGUAAGCAAUCUUGGGAACAGAAGCCAGAACAAAGAUGAUUGUCCUAGGUGAAUUCUCUAAAACAGCACCUGAUGUUCAUUUCCCACCCCCUUCCCCUUGGCUUUUCCUCCUCUGUUUCACUGGGCCAUUUUUGCUAAUGAUUACUAUUCUCCAAAGCAUAACAGCUUCAGCAAGAAGCAGAGUGUGCCCCAUGGGAGUUUAGUCACUCUUAUGGGAGGGACGGAGUGUCCACAGGCAGAGAAGAACUCUGAAUUUAAACCUCCCAUACCCUGAGUAAGUGCUUUGGGCAGUGAGCACCCGAGGUUCCUUUUUGUACAGUGCUGCACCACUUUCUCGCUGGGCAUUGAGCGAAAAUAGCUGAGGCUGCUGUCUCUUACGCGAAUGGAGCAUGCCUAUCGGAUGUGGCUUUGCACAUCCCACGUGAGUCUGUGUGGUGUAACCUUGCGUGACUUUGUUCUGCCAAAAUGGUGGCAGUUGUGGGGAUGCAAACCAAGUGAGGUUUUAAGCAUGUGUGGCUUUUCCUGAUGAAAACACAGGCACUCUUUAAGCGACGAAGUCCUGUGUUUUAAGGAUUGCCAGCUUGGUGAUGUUCCCCUCAGCUCUCCUGUGUUAGUUCUCUUCCAGGAGAGGUAGUAACUAUGAGAGUGACUGCAAAUAACACUCUUUCUUACUUUGUAUGUUAUUUUAAUGAAAAACUGAGGAAAAGCAGGAAAAACUAUAAAUCCUUCAUAACCAGCAGCAAGGAGAAUGAAGGAGUUGUUGACUUACAGGUUGAUGUCACCUGAACUGAAACAUUUCAUUCUGUUAUUUUUUUUGGACAUUUGGAGAGUGACCUUUAAGAAACAAAGAACCUGUUUGGCCUGUACCAGACAAAAAGGAAGAAAGAAAAAAAGGAAAAGUUUUUUUUCUUCCGCUUGGAUUGUAUCUAGUGAUUGUGAAGUACUAUUUUUAACUAUAUUCUUCUUUCACCUCAAUAGCAGUUUGUGUAUGUUACCCUAAGUGGUGCUUAGGGACAUGGUUUAGGCAGUACUAGGUUAACAGUUUGACUUGAUGAUCUUGAAGGUCUUUUCCAACCAAAAUGAUUCUGUGAUUCUAAAUACACAAAUCCCUAAACAUUUAAGGGAACAUUAAGACAGUUAUACAGACAAUGAUUUUCAUAUAUAGCACCUUUAAUCCAAGAAUCUUUAGCAAGCUGUGUAAACACCAUUGACUAUGCUUUCUAAUGUCUAGUAACAUUGGAAAGUAUUCCAUCUACUGUACAGAUGUUUCUGGAGAUAGUGUAAGGAGGCAUAACCACAAAAGAAUUUGAAUCGGAGUCCUUGGUUCUGCUUUCCCUGUAAGAAGUGCUAGAGAGGGACUCAGCAAUAUUGCUGGCUGGCUAAAAUUUAGGAAUGGGGAGUAGAGGGAAAAAAGGAUAGAGAAAGGAGAUCUGACAGUUCAGAAUGAGGGUGGGGAGUCCUAAGAGCUCCUGCUCUGGUCCAUGGGAUUUUCCAGUACUCAUACCUGAGAGGGAGGCAGCACUGAACCUAGGCUUUUAGAUUUAUCUCUGCUUAUCAGCCUCAUCUUUUGAGACAAAAUCCAAGAGCACUGUCACUCUUGGUCUUUUGUCAGGUUGUUUCAGCCUGCUAGUCACUACUUGUGGAGCCCUGAGCUAGAUUUGGUAGGCAGUUUUAUUUUUGUAAAUAGUAUCGUGAUAUGAGAAUUAUAAAUUGUAGAUAAGACGUAUUAAUUUCUUUAAUAGCCAGUACUAAAAGCCUAGUUUUGAUGGCUUUCACUUAGCUCAAAAGUUUUUGACUCAAGUGAUUUGAAUUUAGUCUAUUUCCCUGAUAAACUUUGAGGGAAUUUUCAGUUAUGGUUUUUCAGACUUUGCAGGGAACAGUAAGAUGAGAAGAAAUUCUUUUUCUUCCUGUGAUUAAAAAGCAUAUUACAACAGAGAUUUAAAACUUAGUGUGUUAUGUCUUGAGUGUCAGAGAUGUGCUUUUUAGCUCUUCUAGUGAAUGUAAAGUCUUAAUGUCAGUAUUUUUUAAUGUUUUACUCAUUUUGCAGCUUUGACUAUUUCAAAACAUUUUUAGAUAUAUGUUUUUUGUGUAUUGGUAUAUAUAAAGGAUAAUAAAAUUUAGGCCUCAAAAGGAGACCAUUGUAUAAUUUCUGAUUAAUUUGAGUGCUGAUUUCCCCUACCACCACCCCAUCUUUACUUCUGAAAAAUCAGUAGAAAGCCAACCACCUCAAGGUGUGCUGAUUUGAAAUUCCCUAUUUCUUAUGAAAUCCCAUCCUCUGUCAGAAAGAAAAGAUAAAGGGAUGCUACCUAAAUGUUGGAGUGGACUGAAGCAUAUAUGUGUUUGUGUUCUGCGAUAUAGACAAGGAGUUAGACCUGCAAGAGAAGUUUGGGAAGGUGGCGUCUUUUAAAAAGCUUCCAUAAUCAAGAGUGAAAGACAGAUUUUCAUAGCUAUUCCCUAAUGCUUUUUUUCUAAUGCUUUUUAGAUUCCCAUUGGUUUUUGUUGAAGACCAGUGGAGUACAUGAGUGUACUUGCACAGAAAUUUUCUGAAGUAUUAUUAAAAUUGCAGAUGAGAUUCUUAAGCCCAGAGAAGAAUUUGAAGCUACUGCAUAUAGACUUGCCAUACAUUAGAGGGUGAUUUGUUCUUUAUUUUCUGUUUGGAAUGGCAGGCAUUUACUCUAAACUUCUUCUGUUGAGCAUGGUAUUUAAUUUGCCUGUUCAAAAUCAGUUUUCAUUUGUAUUAUGCUCUUCUGAUGGGCUUAAAGGGAUAAAAGCUAUUUAAAAAACCACACCUAAUCCAAUCUUUUUAUCUCUUUUUACAGUUAACACCCAAGUUUGUUAAACUUUCACUUGGUAACAGUAUGCUUUCAGUUUAUUUCUCAAUACUUUGAAGGUUGAUAAUAGCCAGAUUUUUUUCACAGCAAUUAGCAAGUUAGUUUGGUUUUGUGCAUGUAUGGUCUCCUGAAAAAAAAAAUAAAAACUUUGAAUGUGUCUUUAAUGUUCAGUCUUAAUAGCAGGGUCUUCAGAGCUAUUUUCCUGUUCUAUAAAGUGAGCUUUUCUACACGGCAGUGAAGAAUCCUAGACACAGAGACUCAGACUUUUAAAUCUGUAGUAGCCUGUCUGUAGACAUUCACCCUGACUUCAUAAAAGCUAGCAAUCACAGACCAGGUUUGUACUACUCAGUGAAAAUGUCUUCAAUAUAUACAGUCCAGUAAGCCAAUGUUUAGCAUUUAAAUACACUGCAUCAACACAAAUUAUUUAUUUUGUCGUCUUAAUUUCAGAUAGUUUAUUCUGAAUAAAAUACAGUGUAGAAGAGGCUCAAGAAGAGCUUUGCUGUGGGAAACUGACAUUUAUAGUUUAAUAGGGGUUCAGUAGCUAAGAAAUGUUUUACUAAUAGCUGAAAUCAUGUGCUGACCCUUAUUUCACAUUAAAAUGACCGGAGUUUGACACUAAGAUGACAGCUGGUUAAUAGCACUUGAGAUUUUAAAGUGCUUGAGUACAUGUAAAUAUUAUGACUGAUCUCCUAAGCGUGUUGGAAGAUACUUCCAGAAAUGCCCUUGUUCUAACAGUUUACUGCAGUCCCCAUUUUUUUGAGAAUAAUACUGCAGAAGACAGUUUAUCUGCUGUAUUCAGAGGACAUAGAUAGAAUAACUAAGAUUGUAUAAUUGACCCCAUAAACAAAGAUUGUAUGUAUUUUUGUGCUUCUACUCAACUGUAUUGUAAGAAUGGUUGAGUAUAAAACCUUGGAUUUCAGAGUUGUCUGGUUUGAUCACCUAAAAAAUAAUGCUUGAGGAAUAGAUGUCUUUUGAUACUGUAUUGGGUUUGCGUGGCAGGGUUUUGGUAGCGGGGGGGCUACAGGGGUGGCUUCUGUGAGAAGCUGCUAGAAGCUCCCCGUGUCUGACAGAGAC